AUGCGCCCCGGCGAAGUGUGCGAGUACAUCCUGGACGGCAGCCCGGCCCUGAGACAAACCCCGAAGCAGGCCCGGGCUAGGGAAAGCCGGCGCGGGUCGAGGACUCCUUCUGUACCACAAACGGCGCCGACGUUUCAACCCGCCGUGACGAUUACAAAGCUCCCGCCGAGGCCAGCGGCGGUCUCACGGACGGCAUCGACGACUACCACAUCGCCGGUGACGUCUUCCGGGAGCCGUCCCCGCGCGUCCGUCCCCGCCAGCCUCCCAACCAGCCCGGAGUCGGUCGGCACGGGGGCCACCCCGGCCGUCCUCGGCAUUGGCUACCUCGGCUUCACCUCGUUCUGCGGCAUCUACGAGGAAACUCGGUCCAGUCUGAACCGAUUGCAGCCCUCCGGCGCGACCCCCAUCGGCGAGAUCGGCGCAACGGCCUCCUGCGGGCUCGAGUGCUCUCCACCUCUGACGAACCAGGCCCUGGAGACGUGCCUGACCAUCCUCCGCCACGUCCCGGACCGGGAGACGGGACUGAAGCUGUUUGAGACCAACACCAGUCCUAGCGACGGCUGGAUCCGCAUGGCUGCGAAGCGCAUGAUCACGUCGCUGUACGAGACGUUCCCGCAGUACUUUUGCGCUCAAGAAAGGCCGGAUGACGCGCAGCUGGCCGUGCUCGCCCGGACCAUAUGCAGCAACACCGCAAAGUGCGUGUCCGAGGAGGAGUCCGACCCGGAAAAGUGGAUCGCGCAGUUCACCGGCACAAACCUGCGAUGGGAGUCGCUGGGGAUCAUGUUCGUGUACUGGGAGCUGGCGGCCAGGUAUCUCGGCCCCUACCGGCGCGACGUCCGUUCGCAUCUCCAGCAGCCCCUGGAUGAGAGGACCAGGGUCGUGAUGCAGUACCGGUACUGCAUCGGCGCGAGCAUCGAGCUGACCAAGGCCGCCGGCAGCGGGGGCAACACCCUGCUGCUCUUCAUGUCUGUGAAGCGGGCCAUUAUCGAGUCCGUCUUCUCGGGCGACGCGAGUUUCUCCUGCUGGCAGCUGCACGCCGAGACGGUGGCCCUGUCGACGUUCCUCGGGUUCCACGACGAGGUUGCCGCGGAGCCGUACAAGCCAACCGUCUGCUCCGAGAUCAAACGCAAGCUCUUCUGCUACAUAUUCUACAUAGACAAGGUGCUGGCCUCGUUCACCGGCAGGCCGCCCCUCAUCAGCCGCCGGUACGCGCGCACGCCGCCGCCGCUGGACCUCAAGGACGAGUACCUGCUCGCGGACGAGGCCACUCUGGCCCGCCACGUGGCCAACCUCGACGAGAACGGGUGGAACACCGAGGGCGGCCUGUGCUCGGCCACCUUCAUUCGGGCCCGCGUCAUGCUGGCGCACAUUCGGGACGAGGUCUUCGAGAUCGCCCUCGGCCACGGGCCGGUGACGCCUGUCGAAACACUUUUGGAGAUCAAGGAGAGACAGCUAAGGAUGGUCGCCAACCUGCCCCAGAUCAUCGCCUUCCAGGAAGAGGACGUCCAGGACAGGAAGCUCGAGGAGCCGCUGUUCUGCGUCCGGCUUAUCGUGCACCUCGAACGCCUCCAAAAUAUGUUCUUCAUAGAGCGCCUGCUUGCCAAGCGGGGUCACGACGACGGCGCGUUGCUCUCCGUCAGCUUCGAAAUGGUGUCAAAGACGCUCCUGUUCUGGACGAACAUGGACCGCCUCUCCUGCGCGCACAGUGAUUUCGAAUGGCUUGUAAUGGCCUACGCCGCCCCCGGCGGGGGGAUACUCUGCCUCGAGCUCCUCAAGCCCACCCUCCACGGCGGCAACCACCCGCAGAACCCCAAGGUGACGCGGUCCAGCAUCAUCCAGAAGCUGAGCCUGCUCGUCGGCUUCCUCGACUGGGUCAGCCCCACGGCGCCCAACGGCGACCUCUGCGCCGACUGCAAGUGCAUCAUCCAGCGCGUCCUCGACCAGGCCCUCAACGGCCCCGUGGCGUCGGCCUCGUCCGCCGUCGACGGCGGCUUCCCGGCGGCGCUGGACGCCAUGGACUGGGACUUCUCCACGCAGCCCGACUUCAACUUUGACCUGCUCGACACAUACGACUGGCUGCGGCCCGAGGCACCCUCAAGCCAGCAAUCGUGA